CCUCGUCCGUCCGUGUGGGGACUCUUCUUCGUCCUCACCAAACAAACCCUAGCCUCUUCAUAAUCGGAGAAAAAGAAAGAGAAAACCCUAAGGCUCUCUCCCCUCCGGCGGCGACAGGACGGGUUCUCGAUCAGGGUUGCCAGCGAACACGUCUACGAUGGCGGAUGAAAGCGAGCGGAGCGGUAUGGUAAUCGACGACGUCGGCGGCGGACUGAAUCUUCCAAUAAUUGUUGCAGGCAAGCGUAAGCGGGAGCUCACAUGGGAAGAGAAGGCGUUGACAGUUCUUGAUAUUGUCGGGUCCCAACAGCACCCCGCAUGCCAACCUGCCGAGCGUGAUUGCAGCCUCAUAGACUCGGAGAAAGAUUACUCAUCUAUGGCCGGCUGCCAGGCCGGAGAACACGCUAGUAUAUUUGGCAUUGACAAGAAUGGGGAUGAUUCUGAUGAACCGUGUGCUAAGGAUGAUGCCAAGCAAAGUGAUGUGGCUCCUCUGAAGGAGGAGGAGAAUUGGGAGCUGGACAGUGAACCAGAGCUCACAUGGGAUGAGAAGGUGGUUGAAGUUCUAAACAUAGUUCGACGCCGAGAGAUCACCGAAUAUAACCCCAAGCAGUUUUGCUCAAUUCCUACUCGAUUUUGUGCCUACAACAUAGCCUUCUUUGACCUGGACAAAGAGUCAAAGCUUGCACGUGGACCACCUAUCAAGUCACUAGCUUUCCCCGACUACUGGUGGGAGAUGGACUCUGUCAAUGUGAUUGCAAUCAAGGUGGCCGAGUCUGAUGUGGGUUACCCUAUCAGGGUAUUUGGCACUGUGCUGGCCAGGGAUGAGUACGAUUUCAGGUGUGUCUAUUUGUUCAGGCGUGACAGGAACAAUCCACAGAUCAUCACCUCGCCGGAGGACACACUAACUCUGACAGGACCUAAUCGAGCGCUGGGUGCAAUAGACAAAAUGUAUUUCGAGUUCAAUUUGAAGAUUAGAGACGGUGAUGUCGACAAAGAUUUCUGCAAAGGUGUGCGAGAACACAAUGCCAUCUGCUAUACAAAGCAGCCGAUGACUUUAUCGCUAGAGAGCUGCCUGAGUAGAAUUGAUUUUGUGUAUAGUCCUGUUCAAUUAGCUGUGGAAGCUUCUGUUGCAGUCAAAAUUAAGGGGGUUGUAUCCAAGUUUUUCACUGGCAAAGUGACUGCUUGGACUACUGGAGAUGAUCAGAACAAAAUCAUCCUGUAUGACAGUGAAGUGGAAGGCAGGAACAGAGUUCUUGGAGCUGAUGGAUCAGUCGAUCUGACUCGCUGUUUCGUAGCCGUCAAUUUGGAUGAUGAACUGGUGCUCAAUGUCUGUGUUUCUGAAGGAGCUGGCUCAAUCUUUGAGCUCGUUCUUGGACACAAUGAUGAAGAAUGUGUCCUUGAGCAAGGUCCCUAUGAACUGCAGGUGAAUGUUGUUUGGACAGCUGCCUUGAAGCAUCGACAGCGCAGAAAAUUGUUUGAGCGUAUCGGUGACUUCCGCGUGUUAAGGUGAUAUGUAGUAUGAAGAUUUAUAUGGGGGAAGCUGUUACAUCUCAAGCAGUUCUUUCUUGUUAUAUAGAUUAUAAUUUUUUUGUUCAGCUGAGUUGAACUCGUGCUUAACUGAAAAUCUGCCUGCAAGACUUAUUUAGUUAUAUGUACUGGUAGACUGGUAAUCUAUAAGAUUACUGAUGUCUAGUAGGGAGUAUGGAUCUGUCUGGUAGUCUGUAUAACCUUUUCUGAACCUACCAAAGUUUAUUUUGCGUUCUUGGAGAAGUGUCUUGUCUGUCAUUGUUACUUACUGGGUUGUGAGCAUCGGAUUGAGGUAGUUUGUAGAGGUUUGAGCGCCAUGUGUGCUCUACUGUUGCCAUUUGCUGUUGAGAGAUGCUGAGAACCUGACGUUUAUGGCUAUAUAUAUGUUGAUGUUUUGUAAGUUAA